UGGAACAGCACGCUGGCAGAGUGGUGCCUGAGAGCCAAGUAGUCAGCAUGGAUGGUGGGCUUUCAGCAUGCGAUCUUAAAGAGCAGUUCGCUUCCGGCAUUGAGCAGAUAGCAAGCGCCACAACCCGGGCUGUGAUGAGUAAACUCUGUGAACGUGUCAGUGGAUGGAUAGUAAAACCCGAGGGUCCCGACACAAUCCCCGUUAUGAAAAGUGGAAGCGAGUUUGACUUUCAUGUGCUCUGCAUUAUCAAAGAAGCGAUGAAGGCGGCGGCGGAGAUCCUCUUGUGCCAGAUCGCUAAAUCGGAAGAGAAGAGACUUGGACAUCUCCGAAUGAGCACAUGUGAAUGGGAGGUCGGACGGAAGAAAGAACAGUUAGAAAUCUAUAGGUGUGAACGUAGGACAGUACGAACAACUUUGAGAGAUGAAGAGGACGCUGUGAGACAAGGGGAACUCCGAAGAAAAAAUGGGAGUAGAGUCAUUCGAAAUCCUGGUAUCCAGUCGACCAGUAGUUUUAUGGCAGAACAAGAACAGGAGGAUCAAAGGGAAACGUAUUUUAGGGUGGUGCUGAACCGCCUAGAGCAGAUGGACCAGGAAAGAGUCCUAGAGACACCCCAUCGAGACACCCUGAAGUCCAAUCAUUUUAAAGAAGAAACAGUGGCUGCCAUGAAAGCGGAGUCCAUUGAUACGAAAGCCGCUGUGAACAACCAAGAAUCUUUGGGGAUCAGUUCUUCUGAAGUUAUAAAGAGCUGGCAUAACCAGAGCAAAGAUGACCACAUCAGAGAGGAUAUGGCACACCACAUCCAAGAUGAUAAGGAGCAUGGAUCUUUGCCUCUUAAAACUGAAAUGGAUGCUCGACGACCUGCUUUUAUUAAAGUGGAUCAUGUUGAUAAAGGAUCAAUCCACAUGAAAGAAGAGGUCUGCGAGUCUGAAAUUUCCGCUAAUAACCAGCCACAACACCAAGGCAAAGUUGCAUGCAUUAAAGUCCACCAUGCAGUAGAGGAAAGGGAGCAAGUGUUUGUCUGGAUUGAAGAGGACAAAAACAGUCACCAAUCUGUUUAUGUGCAAGUGGAGUAUGCUGAUGAGCGUAGUUCUGAAGAAAAAACUGUGAAGGAAGAGGAAAUCCACUUUAAACUAAGUGGAGAACAGAAUGCUGAUGUGGGCACAUGUGCCCCAGUACAUGCAAGUUUGCCAAGAUGUAGUCAGGGGCCAGAAGCUGGAGAAACCUUUGGUUGUAUCACAAAGUUACAAGAACAUCGUCUGAAUCAAAGACGAGUUCACGACAAAGUGAAGGCAGCUGAUCAGUUUUGUUCUGAAGAAAAAGUCACAAAGAAAGAGGAAAUCCACUUUAAACUAAGUGGAGAACAGAAUGCUGAUGUGGGCACAUGUGCCCCAGUACAUGCAAGUUUGCCAAGAUGUAGUCAGGGGCCAGAAGCUGGAGAAACCUUUGGUUGUAUCACAAAGUUACAAGAACAUCGUCUGAAUCAAAGACGAGUUCACGACAAAGUGAAGGCAGCUGAUCAGUUUUGUUCUGAAGAAAAAGUCACAAAGAAAGAGGAAAUCCACUUUAAACUAAGUGAAGAACAGAAUGCUGAUGUGGGCACAUGUGUCCCAGUACAUGCAAGUUUGCCAAGAUGCAAUCAGAGGCCAGAAGCUGAAGAAACUUUGAGCAGUGUCACCAGCUUGAAAAUGCACCACAAGGACCACGUAAGUCAGAUGUUGUCUGCUAAUCCUGAAAGUGUUGUCAAUUUAAAUAAAACAUACCCCCAAGCUUACCCUGGUAAGAAGCCAUAUGCUUGCACUGAAUGCAAGAAGAGUUUUUGUCAUUUGCAGACCCUUAAAAACCAUCUGAGACUGCACACUGGAGAGAACGUUUUUCACUGUUCUGAAUGUGGAAAGAGCUUUAGUACACGUGGCCAAUAUAAGACUCAUCUGCGGUUCCACACUGGGGAGAAGCCUUUUACUUGCACCGAAUGUGGCAGGAAGUUUAGUCAGUAUGGAAACUUAAAAAUGCACAUGCGAAUUCACACCGGUGAGAAACCGUUUAGUUGUCUUGAGUGCGGGAAGAGUUACGGCUAUUUGGUAAGCCUCAAAGUACACCAGAAAGUUCACACCGGGGAGAGGCCCUAUAGCUGUCCCGAAUGUGUGGAGAAAUUCCGACUGAAGACACACCUUAGAUUGCACCAAAGGAAGCAUAUCUUGGAACAGCCAUAUUUUUGAUGGACAGAGGUCACUAGAGAUGAAGAGAAACCAAACAAAGAAAACACUACUGUACUUGAAGAUCCAAGAUUAAAUCCCAGUAAAAACCGUAAGAAUAAGAAGAACACUGUUAGGGGCAGAAAAAUUUGUAGUCAUUUUUGAAAUGUAGAAUUUACAGGAGAGCUAGUUGUCCCAUUUAGUUAUUAAACUAAUGAUAAUACA